AAAGGCGUAAAACAAAAAGAAAUUCAUCGGCUAAUAGCGGUGCUGUAAAAAUUAAAACUCUCUCCUUGACUAAUAAAGUAAUGAUAAAGCUCAGCACAUAUUAUGGACUAGCAAUUUUAAGAAACUCGGAAUCUCUUGAAGAAAUGAAGAAAGCUGUAUGGGCAACGUACUACCACCUAACCUCCACAGACAAAAAACCGCAACACUUUUACUGUCCAGAGGGAUUGACUUCGUGGUGCGAAUAUCAGAAACUCAAAGCUCAGAAUCAACAAGAUACUUUUUCACAUCCACCCGCAUUUGAUGAAGAUAUAGCGAAAAUUUUAAAGCCAAUUUACGAAGAAUUAUCGUCGAAUGAUCUGUUGGAAAGAUGCUUAGGAAAAAAUACACAGAAUAACAACGAAAGCUUUAACAGCUGCGUUUGGAAUAUGGCUCCGAAGCAUAUUUUCGUUGGAAAAAAAACAUUAGAAAUCGCAACACUAACAGCAGCAUGCACAUUCAAUGAGGGAUUUAUGCCUAUCUUAAAAAUUAUGGAGGUUAUGGGUGUCCAAAUCGGCACGAAUGGUAUGAAUUACGCUAAAAAGUACAACGAGUUAAGAAUUAGGAGGGCAGAAAAAAAAGCAUCCGAAACAUCGAAACAGGCCAGGUCUUCGCGAAGAGCGGAUAGAGUCGCUGAAAAUGAUGCCUAUGAAGAAACUGAAGGCCUGCUUUACGCACCAGGGAUUGCCGAUUAAUAUGACGUCAUCGGAUGUCAUCAUCACCGCAGGCCACGUAUAUAAAUAUUUUAUUGU